CAAAAAUGAAGAGAAGGACGGAACCUGAGUUUAGCAGCCCCCAAAAGAAGCAGAAGAGGAUAGAAGACUUGGGAUUAACCCUCAGUUCUACUUCAGAUGAUGAAACGCAGUUUAGUAAUCAUACUACUCAAGAGUCUUCCAGUAGCAGCAGUGGAUCUGACAGUGAGAGCGAUGAGAAAAGACCGGUAUUCAGCAAUGAGUUCAAACAAGACUCUCUUGUGGAGGGUACUUCAUCUCGCUACUCAAUGUAUAACAGUGUCUCCCAAAAGCUCAUGGCCAAGAUGGGCUUCCGGGAAGGAGAAGGUCUGGGAAAAUAUGGCCAAGGCAGGAAGGAUAUUGUUGAGGCCUCCAAUCAGAAGGGAAGGAGAGGCUUUGGUCUGACCCUCAAAGGAUUUGACGGGGAGCUCAAUAUUGACUGGCAGGAUGAGCCAGAGCCCAGUGCCUAUGAGGAGGUGGACUGGUGCCUUGAGUGCACCACGGAAAUCCCUGAUGCCCAGGAGCUGAAGGAAUGGAUGACUGUGGGGAAGAGGAAGAUGGUGAUUGAAGAUGAAACAGAGUUCUGUAGUGAAGAGCUUUUACAUAAUGUCCUGCAGUGCAAGAGUGUAUUUGAUGAGCUGGAUGGAGAAGAAAUGCGUCGAGCCCGAACAAGAUCUAACCCCUAUGAGAUGAUCCGUGGAGUUUUCUUCCUGAACAGGGCUGCAAUGAAGAUGGCAAAUAUGGACCACGUCUUUGACUACAUGUUUACGAACCCCAAAGACUUCCAUGGGAGGCCCUUGAUAAAGGAGCGAGAUGCAGAGCUGCUCUACUUUGCUGACGUGUGUGCUGGUCCCGGAGGCUUCUCCGAGUACGUCUUGUGGAGGCGGAAGUGGCACGCGAAAGGAUUUGGCAUGACCUUGAAAGGACCAAAUGAUUUUAAACUAGAGGACUUCUAUUCUGCUUCCAGUGAGCUCUUUGAACCUUAUUAUGGAGAGGGAGGAAUUGAUGGAGAUGGAGACAUCACUCGCCCAGAGAACAUUACUGCUUUCCGGAAUUUUGUUUUGGACAAUACUGAUCACAAGGGAGUGCAUUUCUUAAUGGCUGAUGGGGGUUUCUCAGUGGAGGGUCAGGAGAAUCUGCAAGAAAUCCUAAGCAAACAGCUCAUGCUUUGCCAGUUCCUUACAGCACUGUCCAUUGUCCGAACAGGAGGACAUUUUGUCUGCAAAACAUUUGACCUGUUUACUCCAUUCAGUGUGGGACUUGUUUAUUUGCUGUAUUGCUGCUUUGAGCGAGUGUGCAUCUUUAAACCUGUGACAAGCCGCCCUGCUAACUCAGAGAGGUAUGUGAUAUGCAAAGGAUUAAAGCUAGGGAUUGAUGAUGUGCGGGACUAUCUCUUCAUGGUGAACAUCAGACUCAACCAGCUGCGCAACUCUGAUGUGGAUGUGAAUCUUGUUGUCCCAUUGAAUGUGAUCAAAGGCGACCAGGAUUUCUAUGAUUACAUUGUCCAGUCCAAUGAAAACCACUGCAAAGUUCAGAUAAAGGCGCUAGCCAAAAUUCGUGCCUUUGUUCAAGACACGACGCUGAUUGAGCCACGGCAGGCUGAAAUCCGAAAGGAGUGUCUUCAGCUAUGGGGGAUUCCUGAUCAGGCUCGUGUUGCUCCUUCAUCUUCAGAUCCCAAGUCCAAGUUCUUUGAGCUGAUCCAGGGCACGGACAUUGAUACCUUCAGUUACAAACCCACUCCUCUGAAUUCCAGUACCCUAGAGAGAAUCCGCCAAGUGUUAGAUUACCGGUGUAUGGUGUCUGGAAGCGAGCAGAAGUUCCUCCUGGGGCUAGGGAAAUCACAGAUCUACACCUGGGAUGGUCGCCAGUCAGAUCGCUGGACAAAGCUGGAUUUGAAAACUGAGCUGCCACGAGAUACCCUUCUCUCUGUGGAGAUUGUUCAUGAGCUGAAAGGAGAGGGGAAAGCCCAGAGAAAAAUCAGCGCCAUCCACAUCCUUGACGUCUUGGUGCUGAAUGGCAAUGACGUUCGAAAGCAGCAUUUCAACCAGAGGAUUCAGCUGGCGGAGAAGUUUGUCAAAGCUGUUUCUAAACCCAGCCGGCCGGAUAUGAACCCCAUCCGAGUGAAGGAGGUGUACAGAUUGGAGGAAAUGGAGAAGAUUUUUGUGAGGUUAGAGAUGAAAAUCAUCAAGAGUUCAGGGGGAAUACCCCGGCUAUCCUACACUGGCCGAGAUGACCGGCACUUUGUGCCCACAGGACUCUACAUCGUACGGACUGUGAAUGAUCCCUGGACGAUGGCAUACAGCAAAAACUCCAAGAGGAAAUUCUUCUUCAACAAAAUGACAAAGGAAGCGAGAUACGACCUCCCUUCUGAAUCCAUUGCACCCUUUCACAUCUGCCAUUACAGCCGCCUCUUCUGGGAGUGGGGGGAAGGUGUCAAAGUGCACGACUCUCAGAAAAGGCAAGAUCCAGAGAAGCUAUCAAAGGAGGAUGUGCUGUCUUUCAUCCAAGCGCACUACCCCUAACC